AUGAGCCUCGAUAAUAUUGAGCCUUGGAGCUCGCGGUUCAUCAAGGUCACCUCUGAGCACCUUGCCAUCGAACCCCGACUGGUUCCUUGUCAAAGACCCUUCCCCUCCAAGGCCGAGUAUUUCAUCAAGUUCCCUAAACUCAGCCCCACCUUGAUUGAUAAUGGAGGUGUCGGGGAUGAAGGGAUCUCUGGGAUGGCCGCUGCCAUGGCAGUUGGCUGGACAUCUAGUGGAGCCACGCAGUUGGCCUUUAUUUCUAGCAACUUGGCCUUCGUAGCGGUAAAUUUUUGGUCGGCCUCCUCCAUUCUUCUCAUGGCCUUGGCCUCGACCUCUUUGCUUUUGUCCAGCUCAGAGGUUAAGGCCUCGACUUUUCAAAUCAGGUUGGCGAUGCUCCUUGUCUAA